AUGCUUUUCCUCGGUUUUAACUUUGGAGGAACGCCUCUUCCAUGGCAGUCGCCUCCUGUAUUCUGUCGUUAUAUUCGGGAUCCUCAUGCUAUCUAUGUUUCUGCUAGAUAUGCAAGGUUUCCCACUAUGCUAUUGGGUCUUUUCAAUAAACGUUCAAACAUAGCAAGCAGCAUUGCUUGUCUGCUUCUGUCACAAUUUUGGAAAUACACGGCCAGUUCACUUCUUCAUGAUGUUAUCAAUGCCGACGAGGAAGUCUUUCUAGGUCUACAUCUGCGCCUUUUGCUUUCUCCUCUUUUCUUCCAAGUCGUCAAAGGCACAUUGAUCAUGAUAUCUGGAGUAUUUACUCUAUCUAUUGACAUUGUUCAAUGUCUCACUGGCAUAGCAACUGGCUCAUUAUCAAACAUACCGGUCGGACACGACAAGUCCACCUCAGUUGGUCACUAUUGCGAACCCAUAUGGACCGGAAUGGUAAUCCUAGCCCUUAAUUCUGGAUUGUUCUUCACAUUCGACGAGAAUAUGUCAAUAGCCAAAAUCGCGGAUAUCGAAGCUGUUGCUGGGGUGGGGGUAGGAUUAAACUUCCAGUCACUCUUGAUUGCGUUACCAUCGCAUGUGGAUCCGCCUGGUUCUGCAUCUGCGAUUGUGACAUUCGAUUUCACUCGCAACAUUGCGAUAUCACUAUCUGUCUUCAUCGGAGGGAGUCAUCCGGCGGCACUUGCGGAUAGUAUAGGAAAAGACCUAGCGGCAAAGUUCAAUAGUACUAAUGCGGAAGCCAACGUGGACUCAGUGUCAUCACUUCCUAUCCUGGGUUCAAAUAUAUUCCAGCGUUUCACGGUGAUAUACAUGCUAGGAAACUUCUACUUGUGGCAAUAA